AGCUCGAUAUCCGCCCUUUCAAAUGGCUACAAUCAAAUCUCCUAGCCGUUAGUAGCAGCAAGUCAGGCAAACAGUCAGGAUAUACUGCUCGAGAUUGCGGUGCUUGGAGAUCAGGCCAUUAGAGCGAUGAACGGGGGAUAGCGAACGGGUUGCUCGAGCCAUGCCUCUCUCUACCCAGACCGUUCCAGAUCCCAUGCCAGGAUGGCGAGCUACGAAGGAUACAAGCAGGCAGACGGUCUUAUCAAAGUAUACUAUCUUGGGUUUCAUCUCAUCGGGCACUUAUGGUCGGGUCUACAAGGCGCAGAUCAAGCAGGCGCCGUCUCCCUCUCGAAACCCAUCAGAUCCUCCGAAACCACUUCUCUAUGCCAUCAAAAAGUUCAAACCGGACAAGGAAGGCGAGAGGACGACGUAUACGGGGAUAUCUCAGUCGGCUAUCCGCGAAAUAUCGCUCAACCGAGAGCUCAGUGUCGUUGUCGACGAGGCGAGGGAUGGCAAAGCCGAGAACAGGUGUGAAAACUUUGUCACGCUGAGAGAGGUCAUUCUGGAGGAUAAAAGCAUCUAUAUGGUGUUCGAAUAUGCCGAACAUGACUUUUUGCAAAUCAUCCAUUAUCAUUCGCAAACGAUCCGACAGCCUAUCCCUGCUCGGACGCUCAAGUCUUUGAUGCAUCAGCUUAUCAUCGGCGUCGCCCAUCUCCACGCCAACUUCAUCCUACACCGAGACCUAAAGCCCGCCAACAUCCUCGUCACCUCCCGUGGUGUUGUCAAGAUUGGAGAUCUCGGUCUGGCCAGAAUCAACAGGGACCCAUUGUUGCCUCUAUGGAAUGGCGACAAAGUUGUCGUAACUAUCUGGUACCGAAGUCCCGAGCUGCUCCUCGGUGCCAGGCAUUACACUGCAGCGAUCGAUCUCUGGGCAGUAGGCUGUAUAUAUGCAGAACUACUGGCAUUACGUCCCAUCUUCAAGGGAGAGGAAGCCAAGAUGGAAGCUCACCAUGCUAAGGCGGGGUUGCAAAUCGGGGCCGGUGGAAUUCUCGGAGUCAAAGGAAUGCCCUUUCAAAGAGAUCAGAUGAGCAAGAUCGUGGACGUUCUAGGUACUCCUGAUGAGAAAAGAUGGGCCGAUAUAGUACACAUGCCCGAAUACCCAGAGUUUGCCCGACAAGAAAGACGAUCGUCUUCGCUCGCCCAUUGGUAUCAAGUUCGCUCGAGAUCUACGGCUGGUUAUAAUCUCCUCACCCGUCUGUUCGAGUAUGAUCCCAAGAAACGCGUGACCGCCAAGAAAGCACUGGAGCAUGGUUAUUUCGUCGACGAGGAUCCACAUCCCAUGAGAAACGCAUUUGCGGGGUCCGAGUAUGUCUACCCAUCUCGAAGAGUGACACAUGAAGACAACGGGGACCCGAAGAUGGGAAGUCAGCCGGCGAUAUCCUCCUUGCAGGCCGCCCAGAAUACGGUCGCCAUGGGAAACCUCAAGAGGAACAACCCGGCCUCGGGUUCCGCGAUACCCUUCCGGCCGUCGCUUCCUUCGCAACUGAGCAACAGCCUCCUGGCUGGGGCCAAUAAUAUUAGCACAAUGGGAGGACCAGCUCCACGUAAGAAAACGAGGAUGGGAUGAAAGCUGGCGAUGAUGCCAGACGUCAUGUGAUUGAAAGUACGGCGCGCGUUGUAAGUAUCAACUAUACCACGAUAAUACUAGCAUUGGAAUUCUGUCAGGCCGCCGCUCAAGUUGUGAUCAGCAUGCACGUUGGACGGCUUUGGUGUCCGCUGCAUGGAGGCUGAGAUGAAUGUGCAUGUGGUGCCUGGA